AUGACCGACUACGCACAAUAUCAACAACCCCACCAUGGGCAUGCGCCUACCCACAUGCAAAACUACCCGGGUGCUCAGAACCCAGGCGCACCCAACCCAAGCAUCACAUCCCCCACCCAAGGGCAGAUGCAUUCGUAUCAACAGACGUCGCCCAUCUUGCCGUCGCAAGGCUAUCCGCAACCUGGCGCUCCGAAUGCGCAACACCAACAAAUGAACUAUCCGCAAGGAUAUAUGCCAGGCAUGCAUCAGCAGUACGGCAUGUCGCCGACGCAGGCGGCGGCCAUGGCAACCGCGGCAGCAGCUGGGCCGGCUGGUUACUAUGAUCCCAACCAGAUGGGCCAGGGCCAGCUAGCCCAAGAUCCGCGCGCCUCGCCGCGCAUGUCUGGUGGUCAGAUCAAGCAGGACGGGCGCGGACCUCCCCGCUCUCCGACGGCCGUGUCGAAUGCCAUGGGUGCUGGGGGUAUCGCCUCGCAGGUUCCAAUGAACCCAGGACAACAGGCCAUACAACGACGCAUGAGCACGCAGAUUCACAGUCCCGCAAUGCAGCAGCCCCAACCCGUCAUGGCCCACGCUGCGGCUCGACCCUCGGUCCCGCCCAUGGCUCAGCAAGCGCCUCAACAGCACCAACAGUCGCCCGAGCUUGUCGCUGGUGCGCAAGCCGAAGAAGCCCCUCUCUAUGUCAACGCCAAGCAGUUUCAUCGUAUUUUGAAGAGACGUCUGGCCCGACAGAAAUUAGAGGACGCUCUGAGGCUGACGUCCAAGGGGCGCAAGCCAUACCUGCACGAGUCUAGGCACAAUCAUGCCAUGAGACGUCCUCGUGGCCCUGGUGGCAGGUUCCUGACGGCGGAGGAGGUCGCUCAGAUGGAGGCUAACAAGGGUUCCGGCCUGGAAGGCGAAGAUGGCGGAGACAAGGAAAACGCCAAUUCUGCGAUCAAGUCCACCGCGUCAUCGGCAAAUUCUGGAACGAAACGGAAAGCAUCUUCGACGAACCUAAAGGGUGCAACGAAGAAGAAGGCCAACCGACGAACGAGCACAAGCGAAGAGGACGAAGAUGAAGACGAGGAUGACGCCGACGAUGACGGUUGA